GCGGCCCCAGGAAGUCUCCCCGGCCGAGACAGGAGGGAGGAGGCGGAGCUCUUGCCGCUCGGCCCGAGUGAUUUUUGGAUUGCAAACGAUGGGUAGAAAAGAUGCCUCUACAGCAAGGACUCCUGUUGACCAGUACAGGAAACAAAUAGGAAAACAAGAUUAUAAGAAAACCAGGCCUAUGUUAAGAGCUACAAGAUUAAAAGCAGAGGCCAAGAAAACUGCAAUAGGCGUAAAGGAAGUUGCCCUUGUCCUUGCAGCUAUACUGGUAUUUUUGUUUGCUUUCUAUGCUUUCUUUUAUCUUAACAUUUCCAAUGAAGUUGACCUUGAUCUGGAUCCAGAUGAAAACUAACAGAUGCAAUGAAUCUAUCGUCAAGAUUUCUUCAGCUUGAGCAAGACUAUGUAGGAACACACAGUCCCUUUGCUGUGAGACAGUAAACGAUGCCAUUUCUUGCAGUCCGAAGUUUUGCAAUUCAUCAGUCACUUCUACAUUCCAGGUCAAAAAAGAGAACACUUAUGCCUGGCAAAUGUCUUUGGUUAACACCAAAGCAGGGGCAGCAGUACAAUACAUGAAGUUUAAUGUUUACAUUAUUUUUUUCCUCAGGCAGAGAACUUUGAUAUCAAAAGACAGGUGCUAUUAUUAUCAUGGGUAUUGAUGCUGACUUCGUAGGAGGAGAGUCUGCCUUGACUAAAUUUAGAAAUCAAAGCUUCCUAAUAGCCAAAUCAUGUUCCUUUUACUUCCUCAAAAGACAGCAGAAAUGCCAAAUAAGAAAUCUUCUCUUUAUUGGUACUUAAAAUACGUCAAAAAAUAUUCAUCCUUUCUCUCCCUUUUAAUCCUUCUUGUGCAUGUGUUGACACGCGCAAGGACGAAGAUGGAAGACAUUAUAAGAAAAAAAUAUCUUUUUAGAAGCAGUCUGUCACUUCCUAUAUGGACUUAAUUUCAUGUCAUCCCAGAUUCUGUGUGCCCAUAUAUCUGCAGUAAUCUUUUUCAUUCUUUUGCCAACUGUUCAGCACACAUGUGUUCUGUCAGAAAUGGCACCUGGAUGACAGAAGCUCUAACAUUCGCAUAUGCCUCUGAAACACAGUUCUUUGCCUCCUGUGCUGUCUGAACUAGUGUAAAUAGAAAGUUCAGUUGAUGUUGGUUUUAAUUAGUGUAUUGCUUUAUUACUAAUAUAAAGUCAAAAUUGUAUUUUAAUUAUACUCUUCCUGCUGGUUGUGGUAUGAACUUGCUCUACCUGUUAAGGGGAUGUUGUAAAAAAAUUGCUUUCCAGUUAUACAAUCUUUUUAAUCAUCAAACUAAUGUAAGAAGUUGUAACUAUUAAGAAACUUUUUUUUUCAUGGAUUGUAAUAAUUGGGAAAAAUAUUGGCCCCAUGACAUCCUUCAGUUCUUGCAAAGUACUUUUCAGAAUAUGCACUGUAGAUAACAUUUCUGAUCCCUUUGAUAACCAUAAGCCACUUGAAGAAGCUUGUAUGACAAAGCAGCUGCAGGGAGCUGUAAAAUUCUGGCUUUAUCCAGUUCUGCUUUGGCUUUGGCAUAUAACUGAGCUUGUGGUUUUAAAGAUUCAGUUUUGAUCCUUUUAAAAAUGUGGUCAGUCUUUCUCUAGUUUGGAUUCACUUUGAUACCAAGAAAAGCAUAGAGACAUGGAUGCUGAAUGUGGCAAAGGAGUUAGGCAGAUUGACUUCCAGAAAAAUUUCAUUAGCAAACUAGCUUGGCUGUAUCUUUGAUACCAAUUUCAGGGAUAAAUCAUAGGUUUAGUUACAACUGAGAUAUUCACUGAUUUUUCCAGAAAUGCCUGACUAAGGUUUCUUAUAGUGAUUUUGAAGACAAAGGGAUAUAAAUCAUAGCAAAUAUUAUAAUGGAAAAUAUUUUUAUUUUAAAUUGACGUAGUCCCACUAUCACCACUUAAGGAACACAGAUCAGUAAGGUUAAUUUUUAAACCAUAUACAUUAUGAGUCUCUAAGGAUCCACUUCAUGUCUGUCAUACUCCUCGUUCACUUUAUGCAAUGCAAAAUAACUCCUCUAGAAAUUCAGAGUACAUCAGUCUUCUGAGAAUAAUAUGGAAGAGAAGCAUAUAGAUAUAUGUGCCAAUGGUUUUCGUUUUCUAAUUUUGGCUGUUACAAACACAAAAUCUUAUGCAUUCAUAUGACAUAAUCCACUGAUACUCGCACACAUGAUUAAACACUUAGCAACAUGUGACAUUUAUGAUGAAGCAUUAUCUGACACAUGGCCCGAUUUUCAGUGGAAAGAAAGGCAGAUCACAGGCUGUCUUCUUGGAUGUGACAUGCCUUUUUCUUCACCAGUGUCACACCACAUGUCACAGAAGCUGCAGACCUCUCCUGUUAUUUUGCAUGAGCAAAUUUCUUGUUCAAUAAAAAGCUGGAAGGAUUGCUUUCUUAAUGUCUGCACGUAGCUCCCUGGGUGAUGUGUUGCCUGAGAAUGAUGCAGGUUGUCUCGUAAUUUGCUUUCUGAAUCAGUUAUGUGAAAAAGAAAGCUAUUCUUACUGUCAAAUUUAUGAACAUGAAGUUCCUACAACAGGAAGAUUGCAUCUCCCAUAAUUAUGGCUUAUAGACAUAUCAGAAGUAUUGUGUAUGUGUGACUGAAGCAGCUUCCUGUUUGUGGCUUAUCAGUCCAUAUUGCCUACAAGUGCCGUAGUUUGCAGUUUGUCUGUUGGCUUCAUUUAGGCUAGGCCUUUUCUUUCACAAUUAAGAUAUUCUUAUGUAACAAGAAAAUUUCCUUUUGCUUACAUAAAUUGGAUAGACAUGUUCAGCAUACAUAGAUAUACAUGGCAAAUAUUGCAGCAAAUAGACUUUUUCUCUUACCAGCACAAUAAUUUCUAAUGGGAGCAUGUCAAUAGGUUUCUUAAAGCUCAAAGCUCCCACUUCUCAUCAAAUUAUUCAUCCUUGGUUUUCUAAAAGGCGCAAGCACAACAGUAUUGGCAAUGAGUUCUGAUUCUGAGCUUACUAAUUUAUGAUUCCCCUGAGUUCACUGGAAUUGCAACAGAUCUACUCCAAGGGAAAAUCAGAAUCAAACCUGAAGUUAUUUCUGCUUUCUGGAGCACUACAUUGUCCAUGCCUGAUUUUUAAAGUAGAGACUAAUUUUAAUCUUGGAAACCAGUGGUUUAUUUUGCCCUUAAUUACAUCUGAGAUUAAAUGCCUCUUGUUUUUUGAGCCACCUAUCUUUGUAUGAGUUUGCUUUGUGUCUAUUUUCAUAAUAAAUGUAUUUUUACUAUUUUUGUGCUCUUAUUAAUGUUGGGUGUGUCACGCUGAAUUAUAUAUACAUUUGAAAGGACAUUAAAGCAAUCUAAACAGCACAAUGUUCAAGUGUGAGCAGUGUUACUCACCAUUUUCAGAGUAUCUGGAGUAUUCUAGGCAGUUCUAACCCCUAAGCUCGUAUUAAAACUAAGCGUAGCCUAUGAAUACUUAAUAAAGAGAACUGCCCUUGGCAUCCUACGGAAUACCAAUAAAGCAGAUUUCUUUCUGCAAAGUUGUUCCAUGUAGCUCCUAUCAACUUCAGACAGUGAGUAAUACUUCUAUGUACUUGUUUCAAAGAAAGAUUGCAGAUCAAACCAUUUACACAGUGGCUUAACAGGGCAGUUUUUUCAAGGCUGUUUACCUCUGGGGAAAGGGUAGACAUCAGUAUUGUUGUUCCUCUCUGUUUAUGGAGUAAACUUAAUUUCUUUCCAGCAGAGGUUGUAGAAGAGAUGCUUAUUCUGGGUCUUUCCUCUUUCAGUGGGAGCAGAUGUCCCAUCUGGAAGAGUCUCGGGCUAGGACAGUCUUCCAGCAGUAAUUUUGAUCAGUAAAUCUUUCCUCAGCAGUUUUCAUUUUCCCUUUGGUCCUACAAAAGCAGAAGCAACAUGUAGACCAUCUCAGGACAGAAGCUUCAGUAUGGUAGUUUUACUGCUGCUGCUGGUGAACAUUGCCAAGGAAAGGCUUUAACUCUAUUUCCUAGAGUCCAUAAAUAUAUUUUACUGAAAACUUAGGAGGCAUGUUAAGCAUUUCCUUAAUGAACCCUAGGGAUAUAUUUAAACUUUUCUUGAAGAACACUUUAUUUAAAAUUCACUGUUGCAUAUCAUAUAGACAUCAUGUGAUUCAGGAUCUGUCAUAGCUCAUUCCAUGCAUCAGACCAGCUGUAGCAGGGCCAACACAUAGACUAUGAGAUUAUGCCACGACAUGUAACUGCAAACAUACACAACACAAGCAAACUCGUCUGUUCAUUUAGGUGUCAUCUAGAGUAGUUCACCUAACAAGUUGUGGUUGAAAACAAACAGUUUUUAAACAGCCCUACUAAAUGAAGGCACAGUGAAAGCCCUACAAAACUGCUUAUCCCAUUUGUAUGAAAAUUGCUAUCAUGGAAAAGGCUUAUUUGCUGACUUAGGGCCAAGUUUUGAAUGCUGCCCUUUCAGAGAGGAAAAUGUUUCUAGCAGCUCCCAGUUGAGUGAUGAUUCAUUUUCCUCUACUACGGGAUUGUAUUCGUAAGGCACAACUGAGCCAGUUGGUGAGGGUCAAAUUCUCAGUACUGUAAAGGACUGUACUUGAAAUAAAGACUAGAUAAGUUAGAGUGCCAGCAAACAGGAUACUACAGAUCUUGGUUGCAUUUCAAGUUUUACUUACAGUAGCAUAAUAAUUAGUGGUGCUUAUGACUAAGAAAAUAACAAUAUGGCACAUCAAUAAGACAGCAGAAAUGUGAUGUUGGAACUGCUUCUUAAAAGAUUUUGUAGUGGAUUAUGCUUGCACUUUGGGAAAUGAAUCCAUGAGAUGAAUAAACUGGCAAAGAUUGCGUGUGAUAUAUGCUUACAAUAUUUUUCCCUGAAAGAGCCAACAGAGAUAUUUUGCAACACUUUCCCUCAUCAUCCUCUUAAGUUUGCUGUAAUGCAUUCUUUUGUAGAUGUAUUUCUACACUUCUCCAAAAGUGAAAAAAAAAGGUUUUUUGCUGUUCAUCAAUGCUUUUAAAUGUCAGAAUCCUCUACUCUUUCUUUUAUUGUCCCCUUAAUCACAACCAAAUUGGUGAGGAGACAGCCAAAAUGUGAGGUACCAGUGUCUCUCAAGCAGAUGUCACACCACUAUUUUUUAGCUUGUUUAAAUGAAUAAACAUGUUAAACUGUGAAGUAUUACAUUUUAGAUUUUUUUCAUUAAAAACAGAACAAUCUGUUUACUGUUCUUAAUUGAGACAACAAUCCCGGUGGUUGCCAGUUUUGGCAGUUGUAAUGAUGAGCUAUAAAUACUGGGACAAAUCAACUAACUGGUGAUUAUGAAGGGUAGUUCAAGUAGAAGCCUCAUUCUGCAUGAAUACUUUUUUCAGUGCUAUAUUUUUUUCAAAUUUCUAUAAUUGUUACACUGGUUUUGCUUGUUAAAGCCACAAAUAAACACAUGCCCAAACAAUAGGCUUGAUU